UGGGCCCGGGGAGUGUCCCCGCCACCCCUCGGUUCCUGGCAGGGCCUCGUAGGGGGCAUUCCUAGCCAGCGUGGCGGCAAGACUAACAAACCCUCCUCUCCGCCCGGUGGGGCCCCGCAAUGCGUUGCCAGCCCAACUCUGAGAGCCGGCUGUGGGGCGCACGCUGCGGCCGGACCGCCCCACGCCCUCCGGCUCCCGGGAGCGCAGCCCGCGGCCGCGCGCCCCAGCCCAGCUCCGCGGUGGCGGCCGGCAGAGAGAGCUUUGUGACGUCAGGCGGCGUCACGCGGGGCUGACCCGGCGGCGGCGGCGGCGGCGGUGGCGGGCGGGGGCGGCCUCCGGAGGCGGCGAGAGCAUGGAGCCGCGGGCCGGCUGCCGGUUGCCGGUACGGGUGGAACAGGUCGUCAACGGCGCGCUGGUGGUCACCGUGAGCUGUGGCGAGCGCAGCUUCGCCGGGAUCCUGCUGGAUUGCACGAAAAAGUCCGGCCUCUUUGGCCUGUCUCCAUCUACUCUGCUGCCUCUGGCUGACAACCCCUCUGUCAUCAGCUGUCAUGGCCAGGGGCCUGAGAAGGGACCUGGAGAAGUGACACAGCCGGGAACAGGACCUCUGCCUCCUCAACACAAAGACCAGUCCCCUGAGAAGGAUCAGCCUCCCAAGACAGCUGGGCCCGAGCUGCCCCCACCUCUCAUACCCCCUCUGCCUGCUGGGAACCUGCCUCCCUUUCCACCCUACUUUGAGGGUGCCCCCUUCCCCCACCCACUAUGGCUGAGAAACACCUACCAGCAGUGGGUGCCGCAGCCCCCACCCAGGACCAUCAAGCGGACCCGGCGGCGACUGUCCCGCAACCGGGAUCCUGGCAGGCUCAUUCUUAGCACGAUCCGCCUGCGACCACGCCAAGUGCUGUGUGAGAAAUGCAAGAGUACUGUGAGUCCCCAGGAGGCCAGUCCUGGUCCCCUGACCACCUCCAGACCUCGCCGGAGGCUAGGCAGUGGCCCCGACAGUGAGCACCGGAAGCCAGAGGAACCUGAGGACAGUGACUCCAUAGCUGCCGCCCCAAGGAGGAGCAAGAGAGAGAAGCGGGAAGAGGAUAGGGUUCCCGGAGAGCGUGUUCCACGGAGCCCAGUCAUCAAGAUCUCCUACAGCACACCACAGGGCAAGGGUGAGGUGGUUAAGAUCCCAUCCAGAGUGCAUGGCUCUGUGGAGCCCUUCUGCCCUCAACAGUCCCUACAGAAUGGCAGCCAGGACUUAGAGGUCGCGAGGGAUGUGGAGCCCAGGGGUGGUGGUGAUCGACCGCCCAGCGGGCAUUCCAUUCCCAAGCUGAAGCUGACUCGUCCAGUGCCUCCCAUCUCAGACCUGCCGCCUCCCAAAAUCCGCUUGAAGCCCCACCGGCUGAGGGAUGGGGAGCAGGAGCCUCUAUAUAGGGCUGAGCUGGUAGAGGAGCUGAACGGAUGCCCACGAGGCCCCCUGAGCAGCUCUUCUGCUCUUUUUGCUGAUGGCUCUAACCAUGGACUGGAGGACUUGUCUUCUGGAAGUUCUGGUGAGGACGAUGACCUCAAGAGGUUUCCUCAAAGUAAACACGGACGCAGUAGCUUGACUUUUCUCGUCGACUGCCCUGGGAGGAGAGCAGAUUGUACCAGUGAAUCUGUGUGCAGCACCGACAGCCUGGAUGAAUUGAAAUCAUCUGGUUCAGAAGUGACAUCUCCAGACACAGGAGACCUGUCAUCUGGUGACAGUGCCUCUGUUCCUUCCUCUUCUGCUGACACUCGCCAGACAGUCCCUCCCCUCACGGUCAGGCUGCACACGCAGAGCGUCUCACAGUGUGUGACUGAAGAUGGCAGGACGGUGGCUGUAGGGGACAUUGUGUGGGGUAAGAUUCAUGGUUUUCCUUGGUGGCCAGCGCGUGUCCUUGACAUCAGCCUUGGCCAGAAGGAGGAUGGAGAGCCCUCUUGGCAAGAAGCGAAAGUCUCAUGGUUUGGGUCUCCAACUACAUCAUUCUUGUCUAUUUCAAAACUGUCCCCUUUCUCUGAAUUUUUCAAACUGAGAUUUAACCGUAAGAAGAAGGGGAUGUAUCGGAAAGCUAUAACUGAGGCUGCCAAUGCCACACAACAUGUGGCCCCAGAAAUAAGGGAGCUCUUGACCCAGUUUGAAAUGUAACUUUGGUUCCGGGAGCAGGUCACCGACAGUGAGGUUGGAGCUGCUGUCCUGGAACUUCCGUCCAAGGGGCCCGUGUGCCUCUGGCUGGCUGUGUGCAGAAACCUGCUGGGCACAGCGGUCAGCCUGACUCCGGGUCCCCAGAGGAGCAGGUGUGCAUGGGGAAGAGCCCAGCUCAGGGCACCUGGCUCCUCUCGGCUGAAUGUAUCUGUUCUUAUGACUCAGGCUUCAGCAUUCCUCGCUGGGAAGUGUCCUGGAGCUUGGUGACAUGUUUGCUGCUUUGUGUGUUAGCAGCUGCAAGGCUUAGGCAUCCUCAAACAGAAGCAGGGCCUUCUGCCCAGCCUGUGAGACUUCUGAGUGGGUGCUGGGCGUAGCUCCAGGGCACCCUCCUGGGCCUGGCCUCGGCUGUUCCGCUAGAGCCAUUCUGCAGGCUUGAGGAAACCAAACUGCAUUGCACGUACGGGGUUCUCCUCCUCCAGCCCUUGGGUGUCGGGGCUCUGUGCACUUGAGCCAGGAGCCAGCCUAGUUGCAUCUCCUCCACAUUCCACUCAAAGCAUGGGUCCCUGGGCUCGCAGCCCUGGCCUGCAAGGCUGCCUCGAUCUGAGAUGCUGCUAUGUCAUCUACUGUGAGGGGGAGAGGGGGAGGGGAGGGCAGAACUGAAAACAGGCCUCAGGUUAGGACAUACCAGCUCUGCCCUGUGAGGCCGCAUUCCUUUCCCCUCUGUCACUUCCAAGACCAAAAAGAAAACAGAAAGAAAAGAAAACUGUCUCUGCCCCUUUGUUCAAGCCUGAAGAGGAAUAAACAGGAGUCUGGGUUGAGGCUCUUGCCUGGAUAGCCUCAAAACUGCACCUGCCUGACCUGUGAGAGAAAGCCUUCGCCUCUAAUGGGAUGAAGGUGGGCCAGGGCCAUCCCUGUCGAGGUGGCCGGUCACCUGACCUGACGGGGUGCAAAUCUGAAGCAGGCGCCCCUCUUUGCUCUAGGUGGUGGUUUCCAUCUCCUGCCUCGGGCCUCCCUCCUGGUUUUCUGUUCCACCCUAAGUCCCUCAGGCAGAGGCUGCGGCCUGGAAUGGUUUGGCUCUUUUCUCCCACGGAGCCUUCCAUCUCCCCAUUCUGUCUUUGCUCAAUUAGAGCUAAGGGACAUCCUGAGAUGGCGGUAGUGGCUUUUCUUGUUCCUGAUUUUAAUGGAAAAUAUUCUGGGUGUUGAGGGUGCCACAGCCCUCAGGAGGAACCUGUGGGCAAGGUGGGAGCACUGUCUGCCAUCGAGGUCUUCCCCAGGCACAGCAGAAGGAGGCUGAUGCAGAUCCAUUACUGACCAGCCCAAGGGCUGCGCUAAUGGUGCCCUGAGGUUCAGGAUCUGCCCUUUGGAGUCAGGAGAAUGUUUUUCCAACUCCUUGUAGCAGCAAAGCCUUCGCCACAGUCAUGCUCUCCAGAAAGAAGCGACACCAGACACUUGUCCCCAAGAACCUACACACACACACCAUCUCUCUGUUUUCAGGGUCUCUCCCCACCAUCCUGGAGUCCCUUGUGUCCAGAGAGAUGUGUCUUAGUGAAUGGGGGAUUCUGGGGUUCCUUGUGCAGUCGGCCCAUGGCUAGAGCAACAGAUCUCCCCAGCACCCCAGUGUCUGACCCUAAGAACCUUUAAAAAAAUCACACUUAGAAGGGAGGACCUUGCACAAGAGGGGACUUUGGAGGAAUGAGAGCAGUCAGCCUUGCCAUUGUGCUCCCACCACCCCUGUUCUGAGAGGAGAUGGAAGAGCCACCCACAGCUGUUUCCUGGGCAUGGCCUCCCCACCUUUGGCCAACCAGCCCCCCCCCCC